ACUGAUGUGGAGGAGCACCUGAGACAGUUCAAGAUGACGACCACAGUGGCCACAGACUAUGACAACAUUGAGAUCCAGCAGCAGUACAGCGACGUCAACAACCGCUGGGAUGUGGAUGACUGGGACAACGAAAACAGCUCCGCACGGCUCUUCGAGCGAUCCCGUAUCAAGGCUCUGGCAGAUGAACGUGAAGCUGUACAGAAGAAGACAUUCACCAAGUGGGUCAACUCCCACCUUGCCCGAGUGUCCUGCCGAAUCACAGACCUGUACACCGACCUUCGGGAUGGACGGAUGCUCAUCAAGCUGUUGGAGGUCCUCUCCGGAGAGAGGCUGCCUAAACCCACCAAGGGCCGGAUGCGUAUCCACUGUCUGGAGAAUGUGGACAAGGCCCUCCAGUUCCUGAAGGAGCAGAGAGUGCAUCUUGAGAACAUGGGUUCCCAUGACAUCGUAGAUGGGAACCACCGGCUGACCCUCGGCCUCAUCUGGACCAUCAUUCUGCGCUUCCAGAUCCAGGAUAUCAGUGUGGAGACUGAAGAUAACAAAGAGAAGAAGUCUGCCAAGGAUGCGUUGCUGCUCUGGUGCCAGAUGAAGACAGCUGGGUACCCCAAUGUCAAUAUUCACAAUUUCACCACCAGCUGGAGGGAUGGCAUGGCCUUCAAUGCACUGAUACACAAACACCGGCCUGACCUGAUAGAUUUUGAUAAGCUGAAGAAAUCCAAUGCACACUACAAUCUGCAGAAUGCAUUUAACCUGGCAGAGCAGCACCUUGGCCUCACUAAACUGUUAGACCCUGAAGACAUCAGCGUGGACCACCCCGACGAGAAGUCCAUCAUCACAUACGUGGUGACUUACUACCACUACUUCUCUAAGAUGAAGGCCUUGGCUGUCGAAGGGAAGCGCAUUGGGAAGGUGCUUGAUAACGCUAUUGAAACAGAGAAAAUGAUUGAGAAGUACGAGUCGCUUGCUUCUGACCUUCUGGAGUGGAUUGAACAAACCAUCAUCAUCCUGAACAACCGCAAAUUUGCUAAUUCACUGGUUGGGGUCCAGCAGCAGCUUCAGGCCUUCAACACUUACCGCACAGUGGAGAAACCACCUAAGUUUACUGAGAAGGGGAACUUGGAGGUGCUGCUUUUCACAAUUCAGAGCAAGAUGAGAGCCAAUAAUCAGAAGGUCUACAUGCCCCGAGAAGGGAAGCUCAUCUCUGACAUCAACAAGGCCUGGGAAAGACUGGAAAAAGCAGAACACGAACGAGAACUGGCUCUGCGGAAUGAGCUCAUAAGGCAGGAAAAACUGGAACAGCUCGCCCGCAGAUUUGACCGCAAGGCAGCUAUGAGGGAGACGUGGCUGAGCGAAAACCAGCGCCUGGUGUCUCAGGACAACUUUGGAUUUGACCUUCCUGCUGUUGAGGCCGCCACCAAAAAACAUGAGGCCAUCGAGACAGACAUUGCUGCAUAUGAAGAGCGCGUCCAGGCCGUGGUGGCUGUGGCCAGGGAACUGGAAGCAGAGAACUACCAUGACAUCAAACGCAUUACAGCGAGGAAGGACAAUGUCAUCCGGCUCUGGGAAUACUUGCUGGAACUGCUCAGGGCCAGGAGGCAGCGUCUUGAGAUGAACCUGGGGCUGCAGAAGAUAUUCCAGGAAAUGCUUUAUAUUAUGGACUGGAUGGAUGAAAUGAAGGUGCUGUUACUAUCUCAAGACUAUGGCAAGCACUUGCUUGGUGUAGAAGACUUGUUGCAGAAGCACACCCUGGUUGAAGCAGACAUCGCCAUCCAAGCAGAGCGUGUAAGGGGUGUGAAUGCCUCUGCCCAGAAGUUUGCAACAGACGGGGAAGGCUACAAGCCCUGCGACCCCCAGGUAAUCCGAGACCGUGUUGCCCACAUGGAGUUCUGCUACCAAGAGCUUUGUCAGCUGGCAGCUGAGCGCAGGGCUCGCCUCGAAGAGUACCGUCGCCUCUGGAAGUUCUUCUGGGAGAUGGCAGAAGAGGAAGGCUGGAUCCGGGAGAAGGAGAAGAUCCUGUCCUCGGAUGAUUACGGCAAAGACUUGACUAGUGUCAUGCGCCUGCUGAGCAAGCACCGGGCGUUUGAGGAUGAGAUGAGCGGCCGCAGUGGCCACUUUGAGCAGGCCAUUAAAGAAGGUGAAGACAUGAUCGCAGAGGAGCACUUAGGGUCAGAUAAGAUCCGUGAGAGGAUCACUUACAUCCGGGAGCAGUGGGCCAACCUGGAGCAGCUCUCGGCCAUCCGGAAGAAGCGCCUAGAGGAGGCCUUACUGCUGCACCAGUUCCAGGCAGAUGCUGAUGACAUUGAUGCUUGGAUGCUCGACAUCCUCAAGAUCGUCUCCAGCAAUGAUGUGGGCCAUGAUGAGUACUCCACCCAGUCCCUGGUCAAGAAGCAUAAAGACGUAGCCGAAGAGAUCACCAACUACAGGCCCACCAUCGACACGCUGCAUGAGCAGGCCAGCGCCCUUCCCCAAGCACACGCAGAGUCUCCGGAUGUGAAGGGCCGGCUGGCAGGAAUUGAGGAGCGCUACAAGGAGGUGGCGGAGCUAACGCGGCUGAGGAAGCAGGCCCUGCAGGACACCCUGGCCCUGUACAAGAUGUUCAGCGAGGCCGAUGCCUGCGAGCUCUGGAUUGAUGAGAAGGAGCAGUGGCUUAACAACAUGCAGAUCCCAGAGAAGCUGGAGGACCUGGAGGUGAUCCAGCACAGAUUUGAGAGCCUCGAACCAGAAAUGAACAACCAAGCUUCCCGGGUUGCUGUGGUGAACCAGAUUGCACGGCAGCUGAUGCACAGUGGCCACCCGAGUGAAAAGGAAAUCAGAGCUCAGCAGGACAAGCUCAACACGAGGUGGAGUCAGUUCAGAGACCUGGUGGACAGGAAAAAGGAUGCUCUUCUGUCUGCCCUGAGCAUCCAGAACUACCACCUCGAGUGCAAUGAAACCAAAUCCUGGAUCCGGGAAAAGACCAAGGUUAUUGAGUCUACCCAAGACCUUGGCAAUGACCUGGCGGGGGUCAUGGCCCUGCAGCGCAAGCUGACCGGCAUGGAACGAGACUUGGUGGCCAUCGAGGCGAAGCUGAGUGACCUGCAGAAAGAGGCCGAGAAGCUGGAGUCCGAGCACCCUGACCAGGCCCAAGCCAUCCUGUCUCGGCUGGCCGAGAUUAGUGACGUGUGGGAGGAAAUGAAGACCACCCUGAAGAACCGAGAGGCCUCCCUGGGCGAGGCCAGCAAGCUGCAGCAGUUCCUGCGGGACCUGGAUGACUUCCAGUCCUGGCUCUCCAGGACGCAGACUGCCAUCGCCUCAGAGGACAUGCCGAACACGCUGACUGAGGCAGAGAAGCUUCUCACACAGCACGAGAAUAUAAAAAAUGAGAUUGACAAUUACGAGGAGGACUACCAGAAGAUGCGGGACAUGGGUGAGAUGGUCACCCAAGGCCAGACUGAUGCCCAGUACAUGUUUCUGCGGCAGCGGCUGCAGGCCUUAGACACUGGCUGGAAUGAGCUUCACAAAAUGUGGGAGAACAGACAAAAUCUUCUGUCGCAGUCCCAUGCCUACCAGCAGUUCCUCAGGGACACAAAGCAAGCAGAAGCUUUUCUUAACAACCAGGAAUAUGUUUUGGCUCAUACUGAAAUGCCCACUACCCUGGAAGGAGCUGAAGCAGCUAUUAAGAAGCAGGAAGACUUCAUGACCACCAUGGAUGCCAACGAGGAGAAGAUCAAUGCUGUCGUGGAGACUGGCCGAAGGCUGGUGAGCGAUGGGAACAUCAACUCGGACCGCAUCCAGGAGAAGGUGGACUCUAUUGACGACAGACACAAAAAGAAUCGUGAGGCGGCCAGUGAACUUUUGAUGAGAUUAAAGGACAACCGUGAUCUACAGAAAUUCCUGCAAGAUUGUCAAGAGCUGUCCCUCUGGAUCAAUGAAAAGAUGCUUACAGCCCAAGACAUGUCUUAUGAUGAAGCCAGAAACCUGCACAGUAAAUGGUUAAAGCACCAAGCAUUUAUGGCAGAACUUGCAUCCAACAAAGAAUGGCUUGACAAAAUUGAGAAGGAAGGAAUGCAGCUCAUUUCAGAAAAGCCGGAAACAGAAGCUGUGGUGAAGGAGAAACUCACUGGUUUACAUAAAAUGUGGGAAGUCCUUGAAUCCACCACCCAGACCAAGGCCCAGCGGCUCUUCGAUGCAAACAAGGCAGAGCUUUUUACGCAGAGCUGUGCAGAUCUAGACAAAUGGCUGCACGGCCUGGAGAGCCAGAUUCAGUCUGACGACUAUGGCAAAGACCUGACCAGUGUCAAUAUUCUGCUGAAAAAGCAGCAGAUGCUGGAGAAUCAGAUGGAAGUGAGGAAGAAGGAGAUUGAGGAGCUCCAGAGCCAAGCCCAGGCGCUGAGUCAGGAGGGCAAGAGCACAGAUGAGGUGGACAGCAAGCGCCUCACUGUGCAGACCAAGUUCAUGGAGCUCCUGGAGCCCCUGAAUGAGAGGAAGCAUAAUCUGUUGGCUUCCAAAGAGAUCCACCAGUUCAACAGGGAUGUGGAAGACGAGAUUCUGUGGGUUGGCGAGAGAAUGCCUUUGGCCACUUCCACAGAUCAUGGCCAUAACCUUCAAACUGUGCAGCUGUUAAUAAAGAAAAAUCAGACCCUUCAGAAAGAAAUCCAGGGACACCAGCCUCGCAUUGAUGACAUCUUUGAGAGGAGUCAAAACAUCAUCACAGACAGCAGCAGCCUCAAUGCCGAGGCCAUCAGGCAGAGGCUUGCCGACCUGAAGCAGCUGUGGGGGCUCCUCAUUGAGGAGACUGAGAAGCGCCACAGACGGCUGGAGGAGGCGCACAAGGCCCAGCAGUACUACUUUGAUGCAGCUGAGGCAGAGGCAUGGAUGAGUGAGCAGGAGCUGUACAUGAUGUCUGAGGAAAAGGCCAAGGAUGAGCAGAGUGCUGUCUCCAUGUUGAAAAAGCACCAGAUUUUGGAACAAGCUGUUGAGGACUAUGCAGAGACGGUACACCAGCUCUCAAAGACUAGCCGGGCCCUGGUGGCUGACAGCCAUCCCGAAAGUGAGCGUAUUAGCAUGCGGCAGUCAAAAGUCGAUAAGCUAUAUGCUGGCCUGAAGGACCUUGCUGAGGAAAGGAGAGGAAAGCUUGAUGAGAGGCACAGGUUGUUCCAGCUCAACAGGGAGGUCGAUGACCUGGAACAGUGGAUCGCCGAGAGGGAGGUGGUCGCAGGGUCCCAUGAGUUGGGACAGGACUAUGAGCAUGUCACGAUGUUGCAGGAACGGUUCCGAGAAUUUGCUCGAGACACAGGAAACAUUGGGCAGGAGCGUGUGGAUACCGUUAAUCACAUGGCAGAUGACCUCAUCAACUCUGGACAUUCAGAUGCUGCCACCAUUGCUGAGUGGAAAGAUGGCCUCAAUGAAGCCUGGGCUGACCUCCUAGAGCUCAUUGACACGAGAACACAGAUUCUCGCUGCCUCUUAUGAACUGCAUAAGUUCUACCAUGAUGCCAAGGAGAUCUUUGGCCGGAUCCAGGACAAACACAAGAAACUCCCUGAAGAGCUUGGACGAGAUCAGAACACCGUGGAGACUUUGCAGAGAAUGCACACCACCUUUGAGCAUGACAUCCAAGCUCUGGGCACUCAGGUGAGGCAGCUGCAGGAGGAUGCAGCCAGCCUCCAGGCAGCCUAUGCAGGGGACAAGGCUGAUGACAUCCAGAAGCGGGAGAAUGAGGUCCUGGAAGCCUGGAAGGCCCUGCUAGACGCUUGUGAGGGUCGCAGGGUGCGGCUGGUGGACACAGGAGACAAGUUCCGCUUCUUCAGCAUGGUGCGUGACCUCAUGCUCUGGAUGGAAGACGUCAUCCGGCAGAUCGAAGCCCAGGAGAAACCACGGGACGUGUCAUCUGUUGAACUGUUAAUGAAUAAUCAUCAAGGUAUCAAAGCUGAAAUUGAUGCUCGUAAUGACAGUUUUACAACUUGUAUCGAACUUGGGAAGACCCUGCUGGCAAGGAAACACUAUGCUUCUGAGGAGAUCAAGGAAAAGUUACUGCAGUUGACGGAAAAAAGAAAAGAAAUGAUUGACAAGUGGGAAGACCGAUGGGAAUGGUUGAGACUGAUUUUGGAAGUCCAUCAGUUCUCAAGGGACGCCAGUGUGGCUGAGGCCUGGCUGCUCGGGCAGGAGCCAUACCUGUCCAGCCGUGAAAUCGGCCAGAGUGUGGACGAAGUAGAGAAGCUUAUAAAGCGCCAUGAGGCAUUUGAAAAGUCUGCGGCAACCUGGGAUGAGAGAUUCUCCGCCCUGGAGAGGCUGACAACAUUGGAGCUACUGGAAGUGCGCAGACAGCAAGAGGAAGAAGAAAGAAAGAGGCGGCCGCCAUCUCCGGAGCCAAGCACGAAGGUUUCAGAGGAGGCUGAGUCCCAGCAAUGGGAUACUUCAAAAGGAGACCAAGUUUCCCAGAAUGGUUUGCCGGCUGAGCAGGGAUCUCCACGGAUGGCAGAAACCAUGGACACAAGUGAAAUGGUCAACGGUGCUGCAGAGCAGAGGACAAGCUCCAAAGAGUCCAGCCCCAUCCCCUCUCCCACCUCUGACCGCAAGGCCAAAUCCGCACUUCCGGCCCAGAGCGCUGCCACCCUGCCAGCUAGAACACAGGAGACGCCCGCGGCCCAGAUGGAAGGCUUCCUCAAUCGCAAACACGAAUGGGAGGCCCACAACAAGAAAGCCUCAAGCAGGUCCUGGCACAAUGUUUACUGUGUCAUAAAUAACCAAGAAAUGGGCUUCUAUAAAGAUGCCAAGAGUGCUGCUUCCGGCAUCCCUUACCACAGUGAGGUCCCCGUGAGCUUGAAGGAAGCCGCCUGUGAAGUGGCCCUUGAUUACAAGAAGAAGAAGCACGUGUUCAAACUAAGACUAAAUGAUGGCAACGAGUACCUCUUCCAAGCCAAAGAUGACGAGGAAAUGAACAUGUGGAUUCAGGCUAUCUCCUCCGCCAUCUCCUCUGACAAACAUGACAUGUCCGCCAGCACCCAGAGUACGCCAGCAUCCAGCCGGGCACAGACCUUACCCACCAGCGUUGUCACCAUCACCAGCGAGUCCAGUCCCGGCAAGAGGGAGAAGGACAAAGAGAAAGACAAAGAGAAGCGGUUCAGCCUUUUUGGCAAAAAGAAGUGAACUCCCUGUCGCCCUGCCCUUCUCUUACCUGUCCAGUGAGAGUCCAGCAUGCACGCUCAGACCAACACAUUACUCUGUGCCUAAUGUUCCUCCAUGUAGUUGUUUUUUUUUUUUUUUUUUCUU